AUGGAUUCCGCCACGAUAAAGAAGAGAAAGUCCCGCGACUCCAAUGGGAUCAAAGCCUCGAGCAAGAAGCGCGCCGAGCCCCCCGCGGCCGCCCCCGCACAAAAAUCGAAGAAGGUGAAGCGCACCAAGGAGCCCGAGCCGGAAUCCGACAAGGAGGAAGAAGAGGUCGAGGCCGGCAGCGAGGAGGCGGAAGAGGAGGAGGAGGAGGAUGACGUCGCAGAAAACUUCAAAGAGCCCGGGAAACAGCAAGAUGACGAGGCCGACGGCUCCGACCUCGACGAGGACGUAAGGGCCCCCGCCAAGGAGGCAGACGAGGCCGACGGCUCCGACAUCCCCAACCGCGACAACCUCACGCUCCCGCCCGUGGCGGGCGCCGAGGCGCACGACUUUGCGCAGCUGAACCUGUCGGAAAAGACGAUGACGGCGAUAAAGGAGAUGGGCUUCACCAAGAUGACGGAGAUCCAGAGGCGGGGCAUCCCGCCCCUGCUCAGCGGCAAGGACGUGCUCGGCGCGGCCAAGACGGGGUCGGGCAAGACGCUCGCGUUCCUGAUCCCGGCCGUCGAGAUGCUGCACGCGCUGCGGUUCAAGCCGCGGAACGGCACGGGCGUCAUCGUCGUGUCGCCGACGCGCGAGCUGGCGCUGCAGAUCUUUGGCGUCGCGCGCGAGCUGAUGGCGCACCACUCGCAGACGUACGGCAUCGUCAUCGGCGGCGCCAACCGCCGCGCCGAGGCCGACAAGCUGCAGAAGGGCGUGAACCUGCUGAUCGCGACGCCGGGCCGGCUGCUCGACCACCUGCAAAACACGCCCUUUGUCUUCAAGAACCUCAAGUCGCUCAUCAUCGACGAGGCGGACCGCAUCCUCGAGAUCGGUUUCGAGGACGAGAUGCGGCAGAUCGUCAAGAUCCUGCCCAAGGACGACCGCCAGACGAUGCUCUUCUCGGCGACGCAGACGACAAAGGUCGAGGACCUCGCCCGCAUCUCGCUGCGGCCGGGCCCGCUGUACGUCAACGUCGACGAGCAGAAGCAGCACAGCACCGUCGAGAACCUCGAGCAGGGCUACGUCAUCUGCGACGCCGACAAGCGCUUCCUGCUGCUCUUCUCCUUCCUCAAGCGCAACCUCAAGAAGAAGGUCAUUGUCUUCUUCAGCUCCUGCAACUCGGUCAAGUACCACGCCGAGCUGCUCAACUACAUUGACCUGCCGGUGCUGGACCUGCACGGCAAGCAGAAGCAGCAGAAGCGGACCAACACCUUUUUCGAGUUCUGCAACGCCAAGCAGGGCACCCUCAUCUGUACCGACGUUGCCGCCCGCGGUUUGGAUAUCCCCGCAGUGGACUGGAUCGUCCAGGUCGACCCUCCCGAUGACCCGCGCGACUACAUCCACCGCGUGGGCCGGACGGCGCGCGGGGCCAACAGCAAGGGCCGUUCCCUCAUGUUCCUGCAGCCGUCGGAGGUCGGGUUCCUGACGCACCUCAAGGAGGCGCGGGUGCCUGUGGUGGAGUUCGACUUCCCGGCCAACAAGAUCGCCAACAUCCAGUCGCUGCUCGAGAAGCUCAUCAGCCAGAACUACUACCUCAACAAGAGCGCCAAGGACGGCUACCGCAGCUACCUGCACGCGUACGCCAGCCACUCGCUGCGCACCGUCUUCGACGUCAACAAGCUGGACCUCGCAAAGGUGGCCAAGAGCUUCGGCUUCCCAACGCCGCCGCGCGUCGACAUCACCGUCGGCGCGAGCAUGAGCCGCGAUAAGAAGACACAGGGCCGCCGGGCGUACGGCAGCCAGCCGAGACAGGAGCAUGGCACCGGGGGGUUCUACAAGAAGCGAUGA